UAAGAUCUGACGUCAGAACGCAACAAAGUUUUCAAUGCAAGUCAAAAAGGCGUACGAGUAGAGAGAAAUGCUGAUACUUCUGAAACUAGAGGAGAUUUCCAGCAGCUAGAAAACAAGCUGAUAGGGGGUUGAUGGCAUUUAUUUAGACAUGGGCAAAAAGCGCUUCGAUCAUAGAUUUCUGGCCUGUGUCGCCAGGGGCAAGUGUGUUGAGGGAGUUGAACUCCCUGUUAUAAAUCCGGCGGAAAAUGUAGUUGAAGGAAGAAUAGAUGCUAGCAGGAAACCAAGAAAAUCGUUAGCUCACAAGCAAAAAGUGGUAAAGCAAAUGAGGAUUUCGGAUGACAGAAUUAUUGAUGCUUUUGAAAAGUGGAGACGAACUGCUGGCAAACCGGCAAGAAAAGCAGGCCUACUAGCCGGAGAAGGUGAGAAUUCUGUGGAUAUGGCACUCAAAAUGCUGCGUGAUAAAGCAAGAUUGCGGGAAGUCAACAAACUUGGCGCUGAAUUAGAGGAUAUCAAAGACAGAAUGGUCAAUGUAGUGAAUGACUAUGAAGAUCUUCUAGAAAUGUCACCAUUUUCGCGUGCCCUCGAUGUGGACAUUGAGCAAAUGCUUGAGAAUAACAACCUCAUCCCGUGGAAAAAUGCAGUCAGUAAAAUGAUUUUUGGUUAUGAGGACAAAUGCAAGAAGAGAGAAGAGGUGCUAGAGACACUGGCCCAGAGUUUGUUAGCAAAUGAGGCUGGUGGCACUGACGACGAAGAGGCUCCUUCGAUAUAUGAAAAUGACUUAGAGGCAGUGGAAAAAGCUGGCUCGGAGAUAGUUGGAAAUCUAGAGAAUCUCCAAAUAAAAACAAGGAAGCUAAACUUCUUGCACUACAGCAUUUUGAAAUCUGGCACAAGAGGACAGACGGAUGAAAUGAACUUAAAGGCUCAUCGUGAAAUAGAUCUGCAAAAGAAAGUUGUCGACAGAUUCAGGUCAAUGAUGGCAGAGAAGAAGAAUCGAAGAAGUGCGUGGAAAUACGCAGCGGAUGAGAUUGUCGGUCUUCUCAAAUCUGUCAGAAAAGAAGGAAAUCAUAAAUUGGAGGAGCUUGAAACAAGUUUCACGAAGUUGUUGGAAACUUUUCAAGGCCAAAGUGAAGAGCUAGAAAAGCUUAAGAAUGACCUUCGAAUGCAGAAGCAGACGGUUACAAUAACAGAAGAGGAGAACAAACGAGUCAAAAAUGACAACCUGCUUCUUCAAGGUCAGUUAGAGACUGCAAACAAAGAAAGAAAAAUGACAGAACAGAUUUCAAGUCAAUUAGAGAAGAAAUUGCAAGCUCAUUUGGAAGAAGUUGACGAAGAAGAUCUUUACAAACCUGUCAAUGCAGACGACGAAGAAGCGAAGGAUAUUGUGUACAUCAAAAGAACUAAGAAAUUGAAAACAAGUUUAAAGCAGUUACAAGAGGAAAACGAAAAGCUUAAGAGUGAAAACAGCUCACUUCAAAAGAUGGCGAUGAAGGAAUUCCAGGAAAAGAAUGCAGUUGUGGACGAAAAUCAAGCUGAUCUGACCUCUCAAGGCUCGACAGAAGCGGGAAAGAAAGAGUGUUUAGAGUGCACAAUACUUGGACAGAACAUGGACGCUAUUUCAAGCGAAUUGAUGGAAGAGCGCGACAAAGUGAAGGCGCUUGAGGAGGAAAUUCUUGAAAGUCAAGUUCAGCUGCAAAGAACAAACCAGGAACUGCUUCAGCUAAGAAUCCAAAACAGUAAGCUCAUUCAGAUGUCUCAAAAAGUAGAAAGUGCCGGGCCAUCUACAGUGAGCCUGCAGUCUUCUCAAUCCAUAAUCUCAGCUCAUCCGCCAUACUGCCCACCAGAAGUCUCCAACGAUCAACUCAGCUCAGCGGACGAAUCAGGUUACACAAGCCAUGAGAUUUCGACCGCAAAUCUUGAAGCUGUCAAGAAAAAGGAAAAAGCAGAGCAAGGAGUCCACAAAUCCGCGCAGACAGAUAAAGUGGAUUCGCUUAGUAAGGGUGUACAAGUCUUAAUAGAGGGGAGCAAAUCAAGCAAGAACUUAGAAGUGGCCGAAGAAAUGACAAUGAACGAAUUGAGCAGAAUGGCGAAAGAGAAAUCAUUUAAUGAUGAGUUCACUGGAGCCCUUGGUACACAGAUCUCAAAUGUCUGCAAGACUAUCGUCAACCUCACCGGUCUUGUCAAUCUGAUUCGAUCGCGCGCAACUCCAACGCCAGAAUCUGUACAUGCCAUUUACGAAAGAAAUUCACACAAAGAAGUACAAGAAUCUUCAUCCAAAAUGGCGGACAAUAGCAAAACUGGGCAAUCGCUAUCUGAGAUUACACCUAAUGCACCAUCGCAGCUACUUGAAUCUUCUCCUGAUUUACAGGCAACAGCUGCCACACGAGUGGAUAUAACAGAGAACGAGCAACAGCAGUCGAAGGACCCUAAAGUUAUUAAUGGUUUAGAGAGGGAAAUACCUAAAGUUGUAGUUGAAUCCAAGGAAAACAUCCCGAGUGUAUCAGUGACUGUAAACGAGAACAUCCCAGCUAGACCUGACAAUAUUGUUUCCUCGGCAAGGCAGCAAGAUUCUUCUCUUAGAACAUCUUCAGAUACAAAGAAGAAAUCACAGCAAAGGCUUGCUCCUCUAAACGAAGCAAUAAAGACAAAACUCUCGAUCAUAAAUCUAGACUUGCCACUGCAGGAUGACCAUAGAACAAACCAUCACCAAAAUAGGUUGCACACAAGACCAAGCUCCAGUCAUUUACUGCCAGUUUCUCAAUCUCGGUGCCUCCCCUCGAAGCAUGAUUUUAGAAAAUCUUUCAAUGAACUCAAAGAACAUAUAAAGUCCUUAGAAGAGCCAGAAAACAACGAGAGAAAGGCCCCCAAUUUUGAUAAGUUUUCGAAUGAACUCAGGUCAAGCGAGAGCGGCUCACGAAGGACUCGUGCUUCAAAAGUGAUCAAGGCACUGAGAGACUUUGCCUUGAAAUCAUGGCAUGAUUUGGAAGUAUUGACUGGCGAAAUGCUAGAGGAUUAUAGUGCAAGCGAUGAUGACAUCCUGCAAGAGUACAUCAAACUGGUUGCAGAGCAUGCAUUUAAAAUAUUGCAGGUUAUUGGAAUUACAAUUUGGAAGAUUUCAAUGAAUGAGAAAAACAAUGUAGAUCUGAUUGUCAAGGAAGAUGAAGACCUGAAGUCGUUUCAUAGUUUUCCUGAUAUUUUUGGGGAAAAUGACGAGACACAUGGACAGCUUAUCACUGAAAAAUCUGGAAUAUGGUUGCCGAUGAUUGCUGUUAGCGAUGAGCAAAAGUCUGGGUAUCAGCAGAUAUUUGAGCAGAUUCAAGGAAGUACAGUGAAAAGCAAGCCAAAGAGUGAAGAACGAGAAAAACAGGAAGGGCUUUCGCUCCCUGUUAUAAAGAAAGGCAGGUCUUCAGCGAUGGCAAAUAGGACAAAGAAGAUGCUCGGGAUUGGCGGACACUCGAUAGCUGCAUCAAGAUCUGAUGUCGUUGAGAAAAAGCAGAACACAGUAUCAAAGCGAACAAAGGCUAAUAAUUCCUCCAAAAAAAGCCAUCAAAAUGAUUUUCGCUCAUCUAGAAUUCUUGACAAAAAUAAAAAACUGGUUAAUUUACUGAAACAAGGCGGGAAAACUAUGCAUGAAAUCAAUGUUAUUCUUGGCCUACGUCAAGGGAAGGACGACUCAGUUACGAACAAGCCAACAAAUUCAAAUGCGGGCAUGGAAAAUUGUCUCGGUUUGGGGCUGACAUCCCGGCAUAUCAGCUUGCCAAAGUUGCCAAGCACACAUCACAUGACUUCAGAAAGCUCCAAACCUGAACCAAUAGGACCCCAGGGCUACCAUCCCUCGCCAAGAAGCAAACCAGGCGGUUCAGUAUUGAUGCCAAAGAAAGUUUCGGAGGGAGCUGAUCUUCUAGCUUUUGGUAAUUCAUGGAAGAAGAAGCCAACUGAUAAAGGUCAGCGGGAAAAUGCAACUCAGUCACAAAAACUGGACCAUAUCAACUCUCGCAUCGCCGAUCAAAGAAGAGCAACGCAUUUCAUUGGACACUCAAAAAUGCCGUUGCUAGCACAGGCCAUUGGCAAACAGAAGGUUGAAGGAGGUGGACCAAUCAAUGUUUCUAUCAAGUCUCAAGGCAGGGAUUUAGAGAUCCAGAACACCAUGCCAUGGAAGACUGACAGGAAAUUAUCAUUAGCUGGAGCUGGGCAAUUUGGAAACAAUUUGAAGGAAUCUUUACUUUCACAGAGGAGACAGCGGAAAAUGAGUUAUGCUGUCAAUCACAACGUGACAUCAACAAUUGAACUGCCGAACUUGGCAGUGAACAAUCAACUUCUCAGUCCAAGAGAAGGAGCCAAUGGGUUUGAGUAAAUGAAUUUAUAAAUUGAUUUAUCUGUAAAUUAUUGGGCGUUUGUUAACUGUAAAGUGGUAAAUGUACAAAGUUGUAAAUAAUAAUGUAAAAUUUGGUCAAGUCUGUGAUGUUCUUAAUACAUUUAUCCUUGCCUUGAUAUCCUCAUAAUUUGAAAGAAGUUCCUUCAAGCAACAGUUUCAUUUGCUAUAAGCACUCAAUCACCCUUUCAUUUGACAGGAAAUUUGGAAUGUUCAUAUAUUUUUCUAACAAUGUCAAUCGUGGAACAGAAAACUUUAUUCUUUUUGGGGCCAGCUGGAAUGAACCAUAUCACACUAAUAAAACUGACAUCUAAACUCAAUAUUACAGUAACUCUCCCUCUUUUAAAGAUCAGCAGAUGCAAGAAAAACAAUAGAUUUUGUCUUUGUCAACAAAUAUUCAUUUCAGAAUAAGAAUGGGAAAUUGAGUUAUUUCGCAGCUUCCUUUGUAGCUCUUGUGUAGAUCAUCUGAGAACUGUGUUUUGAAACUUCUUUAAUAAGACCUUUUCCCAUUAACUCCUUAAGGCAAGUUCUGGCGAGAGAAACUCUGACCUUCAGCCUUUCAGAAACAACUGAUGGUGUUAUGAGUUUAUAGCUUGGUACUUCUUUAUAAAGUUUGUCCUUUGUGGCUUUGUCAAGCAAGACCAAGUUGUUAAGCUUGUCUCUGACUUUUCCCUUUGAC